UCAUCAUCAGAGGAACAGCUCAACGAAGAAAUCGAAUUCUGCAGCCCAAGAACUGCAACAAAACAGACCCAUCUGCCUUUCAUAAUCUACUAAAUGUUGCCACUAGAAGAACUUCUUUCGGUACACAAUAAAAUGUACUACUACCUGCAAGAGCGCACCCAAGACGAUGACGUUCGUAGGAGGGUUCGAGUUACAGCGAGCAGGAUUCAGGAGCGACUUCAGCAGCACGGCGCGAGGAAGCUCAUUGGAGCAACAGGAGGUGGUGGAAGCAUCAACAUGCAGCUGUCAGCGCCAUCACCAGCACCAGCGCAGCUACGGCAAGACAUCAUCGAGCGACAGCAAGUACAGUCGCAACUGCAAAUUCAGCAGCCAGCUCAGGAAGCAUUCACCAUGGUACCCUUCGCUCAACAACAGCCUAUGCCACAGUCCAUACAGCAGGGUCUCAUGUAUCAGCAACAGGCUCCACUCCAACAGAGCAUUCUCUAUCACCCACAACAGCAGCCUCAGUCAUUCAACAUCACCACUCCAGUGUCUACGCUUACUUUGGCAUCUGCACCGGUGCAGAAUAUUCUGAUUGAACCAUUUGACAGCCCAAGGAUUGUAUACCUUAGUCGUCGUAGGAGACUGCGCAACCAGGGACUGCUAUACUAUAGUGAUGACAGUGAUUGA